AUGCAGCGCAAGAGGGAACGCUGGCUUGCCGCCUCCAUCGACUCGCGCGACUACGGAUGGGGAGAUGCGGCAGCAUUCGAGCGUAUGCGGGGCAGCGAGUAUGCGGCAUUGAAGGACACCGUCUAUCUCGACUAUGCCGCCUCGCCUCCCAUCCCAAAGACCCCGCUCGACAGCUUCACCAGCUCCUUGCAGUCCAAUCUCUUUAGCAAUCCACACUCGGCGUCGACUUCGGGUGUCGCUACCUCACUCGCCAUCGACCGCACCCGGACUCGAGUCCUGACAGACCUCUUCGGCGUGUCGCCUGAGCGAGUCGGCGAGUGGGACGUCGUGUUCACGCAUGGCGGAGCGACGCAGGGGAUCAAGAUGGUUAGCGAGGCGUGGGAUUGGCGGAGUGAGGGAGACUUGCGAGGGAGGAACGGUCUCGAGUAUCUUGUCGAGAGCCACACGAGCCUCGUCGGCCUCCGCGGCAUCUCCCUUGCCCGCUCAUCCCCCGUUCGCUCUCACCGCACGCCGUCUUCCCUCCUCCAUUCCGCCCGCUCGUCCCGCUCCCUAUCUUUCGACCCGCCAAACGGCACUCCAAUACUCUACACCUACCCCGCGCAGUGCAACGCGACCGGCGCACGACUAGGACUCGGCUUCUGCGCGCAGAUCAAGCGUGAGAAUCCCGAGGCCAAGGUCCUUGUCGACGCUGCGGCUUACUCCUCGACUAGUGUACUCAAUCUGGGAGCGUGUGAAGAGGGCGAGGAGCCGGACUUUAUCGUUGCGAGCGUGUACAAGAUCUUCGGUUUUCCGACGUCGCUCGGUCUGCUCAUCGUGCGCCGCUGCUCUGCGCAUCUCCUCACCAACUCGCCAUACUUUGGCGGCGGCACCGUCUCCUCCCUCUCACUCUCCUCGCCCUUCUCGCACUCAUCGCGCUACACGUCGCCAUCGCCGUCCCUUCCCACCUUCCCGCCCACUCUCUCGCCGCAACCUGCUCUCUCUUCAUCCUCUUCAAUCCACGAAAUUCUCGAAGCCGGCACCCCGCCCUUCCUCGAGAUCAUCGCUCUCUCGCACGCGCUCGACUGGCUGGCGUCAAUCACGAACGGCCGAGGACUAGAAGCGGUGGGGAAGCAUGUCGCGUGGUUGAGGGGGGUGUUGGUGAGCGAGUUGGAGGGGUUGAGGCAUGAGGGUGGAGAGAAGGUGUUGUUUGAGCAUCGGGCGUUCCAGGAAGAGGCUGCGAAGGGUGGAAUGGAGGAGACGGAGGCUGUCCACCUCGAGGCGCCAGGACCUAUUGUCGGCUUUUCGCUCCUCCUCCCUCCCUCAUCCGCAUCGGCCGAUCCCAACGCCGACAUCACCGACUACCGCACUCACGUCGUCGGCCACGUCCACCUCUCUCGCCUUGCGCUUCUCAACUCCAUCGCGCUCCGUUCCGGCGGCCUCUGCAACACCGGCGUCUGGACGCGUGUCUGGGACCUCUCCGACGCGGACCUCGCUGCGCUCGAGGCGAAGGGUAGGAAGUGCUGGGAUGAGGAGGAGUUUGCGCCGUUCGAGCCGUACAAACCACUCGGGAUCGCGAGGGUCUCGCUUGGGCUCGCUUCGACGCUCGACGACGUACUCAAGUUUGUCGAGUUCGUCAGGAAAUUCUUCGUCGUCAACGAACAGGUCGUCGCGCUGGAAAAGAUGUUGGCGUUCGAGGAGAAGACGAAUGGCAAGAGGGUGCGACGGGCUAUGCUGAAGGAAGUCAUGAUCUAUCCAAUCAAAUCCUGCGCCGCUCAAUCGCUCCCGCCCGCGACUCCCUGGCCCUUGACGCCCUCCGGCCUUCUCUACGACCGCGAGCUGAUGCUCGUUUCUACCUCGACCGGCCGCGCUCUCUCGCAGAAGCGGUAUUCGCGCAUGGCGCUCAUCCGCCCCGCCGUCGACCGCGAGAAGGGCAUGCUCGUCGUUGAAGCGCCGGGAAUGGAGCCGCUUGUCCUGCCGCUGCCAGAGCUCGACGACGACGCGGUCUACUGUGGCCUCGACACGCCUCCGCUGAGCGAGGACGGCCAUUCACUCGACGCAGACAGCCGGCUACGACCCCACGACAACCCUCGACCGACGACUUUGUGCGGUUCAGCCGUCUCUUCCGUCCGCGUUUCUUCCGUCGCCGACGCCUGGUUCACCCGCUUCCUCAACGCCCCAUCGACAUCGUCGUCGUCCACGACGGGCCCAGGUCCCGUCGAGCUCCGCCGUCUCCCACCAGGCUCGUCCCGCCACGCCCACUUCGACUCUUCCGGCCCGCCUCUUCCCAUCCGCCUUUCGAACGAAUCGCCCUUCCUCCUCGUUACGAGCGAGAGCCUGAGGGCUGUGAACGAGUGGAUCGAGCGAGACAGUGGGACGAAGCAGGAGAAGGAGGUCAAGGCUGCGGCGUUCAGGCCGAACGUCGUUGUCGAGGGCGACGAUGCCGAGUUGCCGCCGUUCUGGGAGGACGAGGUCGACGAGCUGAGGGUUGGUGGCGAGGUCUUUGCGACGCUCGGACGGUGCAGGAGGUGCUUGAUGGUCGCGGUCGACCAGACAACGGGUCAGCGCACCGCCGAACCAUUACAGACGCUCUCCCGCUACCGCAAAUCCGCCUCAUCCGGACGCGUCGAGUUUGGCGUCCACUGCAUGUGGCGUGAGGAGCUGAGCAGGGGAGAGAUGGCGUGUACCAUCAGCGUCGGAGAUGAGGUUGUCCUUGCGGUUGAAGGAAGAGAGGUGUUGUAG